GAGGUGGGAGGGAGGGAAACAUCUUUCUACCGGUCUCCCUCCUCCCUCCCCUCCAAGACUCUCCAGGGUUUAGAGGGUGAUUGCUGCCCAAAGAGAAUCUUUUUUGGUUCCCUGGCUGGCAAGCUGAGGCCCUCCGCAGCCCAAGGCGAGCCCAAGCAGGAGCCGGUAGGGUUAUCUGUGUCAGGAUCAUUUCCAGGGGAAUAGUUCUGGCCCCUGACUGAUAAAGACAGGGCAGAGGAGAAGAGGCAGAAGAGGAAAGAGAGCGCAACUCCUAGCCCAAGUUGGAGGAAGGUUCUAUAUUUUCGGCGUUCCCACAGGGAUAUUCCCCUCACCUUGGCAGCCAAGCUGAGAAAGGGCUCCAAGGUCCCCACGGAAUGACAAGUCUUGUUCCUGCAACCCUCUCCUUCCUUCUUCUGUGGACUCUGCCAGGGCAGGUCCUCCUCAGGGUGGCUUUGGCAAAGGAGGAUGUCAAAUCUGGAAACAAGGGGUCUCAGCCCAUGUCCCCCUCUGAUUUCCUGGACAAGCUUAUGGGGCGAACAUCUGGAUAUGACGCCAGAAUUCGACCCAAUUUUAAAGGCCCACCUGUGAAUGUGACCUGCAACAUCUUCAUCAACAGUUUUGGCUCCGUCACCGAGACCACCAUGGACUACAGAGUCAAUGUCUUCUUGCGGCAGCAGUGGAAUGACCCUCGCCUGGCCUACCGAGAAUAUCCUGAUGACUCUCUAGACCUCGACCCCUCCAUGCUGGACUCUAUUUGGAAGCCAGACCUUUUCUUUGCCAAUGAGAAAGGGGCCAACUUCCACGAAGUGACCACAGACAACAAAUUGCUGCGCAUCUUCAAAAAUGGAAAUGUGCUCUACAGCAUCAGAUUGACCCUCAUUUUGUCCUGCCCAAUGGACCUCAAGAACUUCCCUAUGGACAUCCAGACCUGCACGAUGCAGCUAGAAAGCUUUGGCUACACCAUGAAUGACCUCGUGUUUGAGUGGCUAGAAGAUGCUCCCGCUGUCCAGGUGGCUGAGGGGCUGACUUUGCCCCAAUUUAUCUUGAGGGAUGAGAAGGAUCUAGGUUAUUGUACCAAACACUACAACACAGGGAAAUUCACCUGCAUCGAGGUAAAGUUUCACCUGGAACGGCAAAUGGGAUAUUAUCUGAUUCAGAUGUAUAUCCCCAGUCUACUCAUCGUCAUCCUGUCCUGGGUCUCCUUCUGGAUCAACAUGGAUGCUGCCCCUGCCCGUGUAGGCCUCGGUAUCACUACUGUGCUCACCAUGACAACCCAGAGCUCUGGUUCCCGGGCCUCUUUGCCUAAGGUAUCCUACGUGAAGGCAAUUGACAUCUGGAUGGCCGUGUGUCUGCUCUUUGUGUUUGCUGCCCUGCUGGAGUAUGCUGCUGUCAAUUUUGUCUCCCGUCAGCAUAAGGAAUUCAUGCGACUUCGAAGAAGGCAGAGGCGCCAACGCAUGGAGGAAGACAUCAUAAGAGAAAGCCGCUUCUAUUUCCGUGGCUAUGGCCUGGGCCACUGCCUGCAGGGAAGGGAUGGAGGCCCAAUGGAAGGUUCUAGUAUUUAUAGCCCUCAAACUCCAGCUCCUCUUCUAAAAGAAGGAGAAACCAUGCGGAAACUCUAUGUGGACCAGGCCAAGAGAAUUGACACCAUCUCCCGGGCUGUCUUCCCUUUUACUUUCCUCAUUUUCAAUAUUUUCUACUGGGUUGUCUAUAAAGUGCUACAGUCAGAAGAUAUCCACCAGGCACUGUGAAUAAGGUGGAGGUUAUAGAGUACAGCUUAUGGCUUUCUGCUACUUCCUGGGUGGGCUUUCCCUCCCCAUUAGACUCCACUGGGGAAGACAGUUCCUUCCCAAUCUCCCAUUCAGAAUUUCCAACUACCUGUCCCAAAGCUAUGUGAGCCAAUACUGCAUGGUGCCAAUUGUGGCUGUACUUAUAAAGACGGCUCAUCUACCCUAGUCCAUAUUUUCUGUAUAUUCUCCCAUUUCUCAUGAGACUAAGGUGCCAAGAUGACUUUCUGUUCUUGCUGGGACCCCUCCUUUCCUCUACUCCAGUGGAGAAUAUUCAGACCAUUGCUACUAGUUUCUGAUGUUUGUCAUCUUAAUAUAUACCAGUCCUCACCCUACCACCUCCCCCCACCAGAUCCUAGCUCUUACUUGACCCUCUAUCCCUCCUAUCACAACCUCAAAUAGGAAGUCUUUCCCAUACUCAAGUGCUGCCUGUGUGACCCAGUCAGGUUUCCUUACAGUGAGAGGAAGACAAAGAUAUAGGUUUUAUUCCUCUUAAAAAGAAUGGAAGAGUCAUAGGCUGAACAGGGCUAGGAAGGCAUGUGAACAUUGGGAAUAUGACCCAACAAAGGACUGUUCAAGUUUUCUGAGAAAUUCAACACUAUCAGAAUUGGGGAAGAAACCCUUGGGACCUCAGAAAGAUCACCCCUCCAUAUACACCUGAAUUUCCUCAUCUCAGAAAUAUCUAUUCUAUUCCAUAGUUAACAUGGUGGCAGGGUUCUUUAUGCUGGAUAGUAUAAAGAGAAAAAAAAAUCUUCUCAAAGAAAAAAAAUCUUUAUGAAAUGUAUAAUGCUAGGAAACUCAAUAAAAGUGAGAUCAAAAGUAGUAGAACCCAGGAAAAGUAUAAAUAUAGGAACCAUCCUCGGAGAGUCUGUUGUUGACUAGAUUUUCAUUUGUUUCUUCUUUUUUCUCCCAAGUCUUUAUUUUCCAGGACCCUCAUUUAAAAUUUGCUCCUUCAUUUCCUUUUAAUGAGCAAGUAAUGGUGCCAUGCAACCCUGUUCAGGUCAGAGUGGGCUUCAAAAUUCCUGGGAAGGAACUAGGCAUAAAGGAUCGCUAUCCUGGACAAACAUUGACUCAACCAACCUCAGAGUAGUAGCUUUAGAAGUUAGAGAGCCAUAAUAAGUGCUGUUUGUUCAUGCUUCUCUUGUUUCCCUUCUUCCUUCUAUAGUAAGGAACAGUAAGAGAUAUAGCAGUCAGUUAAAGCUACUAGAAAUGUCAGAAUAGAGAGGUUGGUGUGGUAUGUUUCAGGCCUAACAUACCACUGCAAUGUGGGGCAGUAUGGGCCUGGUACACUAAAUUCUUUGAAUUACCCUAACUAUGGAGGAACAGAAACAAGAUAUGAGAGAUGAAAGUGUGGGAAUAACAGCUGGACCAAGUGAUCAAAUAAUCUCUCAGCCACCUUGACCUUUUCUCUGGAGCUAGAAUAAUUAACUAUGUAAGUCCAAUCUUCUCUCCCUAUGUCUCACUCUCUCCCAACUCACUCACUCCACAUGAUAUCCAAUUGAAAGUCAAUAAAUCCAACGAUCAAAGUAAAUCCUAUAGUCAAACAAAAAA